AUGAUAACAAUACUGAGUGGAUUUUGCUUUUUAUACAACGCUUAUUUAAUAUUUUAAUGGGAUUAUAAAAUCACCAUAAUCUACUGCUGUGUAUCCUCUUUCACUUUAAUGGUUCAUAGAUUACUUAAAAGUAGAAGGUAUAAAAAUUAUUAUUUUUAAGUCUUUCCCAAUACUGUUGUUUUAAUAUUUUUGAAAGUUUACUACUUAUAUCAUAUUUACUUUCUAUAGUCUAUUAUAUAGAAAUAGAGAAAGUUAAUAUAAAUUUCAUUUCUUAUGCUUAAUUAGUCUUACAAUUCAUAAUUUUAGCAGUCACAGUUCUUGUUAAUAGAAGUACAUCUGAUACUGAUAGUUAAGAUUAAUCAUUUUAAAUUUAAGAGAUUGUAAAUUUGAUCUAAAUCAUUCAUAGCUAAUCUCAGCAUUUAAAAGUAUUAGCGCACUUCAACUUGUCUUCAUAAGUCUUAGAAUAACAAAACAAAUUAAUUGGGGAUGGAUAUAAACAUUAAUAAUAAUAUGGUUUUUAUUAGGGUUGUCAUUUGUGAUUUCUAUAUUUUUACUUAUUGAUAUUUUAUAGAAAUAUAGAAAUUAAUAAGAUGGAAUUGAAGAAGAGAAAAAAAAAAUUAUAAGUAAAAAUGAAUUAGAUUAUUUAGUUUAAGGAGAAAUUUGGUUAAAUUUGAUUUCAUUUGGUAUAACUAUAUUACCAUUUGUAACAUUUUUUGGAUUUGCUUUAAAUUAUGACUUUAAGAUUAAAUAAAUAAAUUAAUAUGCUUUUGGAUUGACCAUCUUUUAUUAUCUAAUAUAAUUAGCUUAUUAUUUUAAGUUUAAAUAAAAACUAAUGUAAUAUUUCAAUAAUAAUAGAGUGAUUAUCUUUUAUAUUAUGAUAUAGCUUAAGGUAAUUUGUAUGUUGAUUAAUAAUUAUAACAAAUUAAUUUAAAUCAACAAUAAAUUGAAAACAGAAUAGAAUUUAAAAUGAAAAGAAUGCAUAAGAUAAGUAUAUCAAAAGUACCUUAAUUUAUGGUUAAAUUAUCAUAAACAUAUUAUAAAUGUGCAUAGAAUAGGGAUUCAUAAUGCAUAUAAUCUAAAAUGCAAUUAAACUAAUUAAAAUAAAAGAAUUAAUAAUUAGAAAAUGAUAAUGAAGAUGAUUAAUCAAAAAGAUUUGAUUUAUUAUUAUCUAGUCCUAGAUAAAGAUUAGAAAUCAGUUCUAGUAUAGGAUAAGAUUUGACUAAUAGAAAUUUUGAUAAAAAGUAAUUAGAAGAUUAAUCUUCUAUUAAAUAAGAGUAGUAAAAUCAAAAUACUUAGAAAUUGUGUUUAGUUUGUUAUGAAAAGGAAAGCAAUAUGAUUAAUAUGCCAUGUGGUCAUGGAGGAUUUUGUAAAGAAUGUUGUGAGUAAUUAUUAAGCAAAAGUGAAGUUUGUUAUUUAUGUAGAAAACCUGUUACUCAUAGUUUAUAAAUAUAAGAAGUUUAGAAUAGAGAAAGUUUAGUAGAAGUAAUAGAAGUUUUAGAAUAAUAAAAUUAAUGA